UUUGCAGUGACCUGGAAUUCAGGGAGGUUGCAAACAGAUUGAGAGACUGGUUUAAGGCACUCCAUGAAAGCGGAAUUCAGAAUAAGAAGACUAGGAUUGUUCAAAGGCCUGAAAGAACCAGAUUUGAUACCAGCAUCUUGCCAAUUUGCAAAGACUCCCUUGGCUGGAUGUUUAACAGGCUUGAUACGAACUAUGACCUGUUGUUGGACCAGUCAGAACUUGGAAGCAUUUACCUUGACAAGAAUGAGCCAUGCACAAGAGCGUUCUUCAAUUCUUGUGACACAUACAAGGACAGUUUGAUAUCUAACAAUGAGUGGUGCUAUUGCUUCCAAAGACAGCAAGACCCACCUUGCCAGACAGAACUCAGCAACAUUCAGAAGCAGCAAGGAGGAAAGAAGCUCCCAGGGCAGUACAUCCCCUUAUGUGAUGAAGAUGGAUAUUACAAACCAAGUCAGUGCCAUGGAAGCGCAGGGCAGUGCUGGUGUGUUGACAGAUACGGUAACGAGGUGACAGGAUCCAGAACAAAUGGUGCGGCAGAAUGCGCUAUCGAUAUAGAGACUUCAGGUGAUUUUGCCUCUGGUGAUUUCCAUGAAUGGACAGAUGAUGAAGAUGAUGAAGAUGAAAUAAUGAAUGACGAAGAUGAAAUUGAAGAUGAUGAUGAAGAUGAAGGAGAUGAUGAUGUUGAUGAUGACGAUGACCAUGAUGGAUAUAUUUGAUGGUAUUAGGGGGUCCAUAAUUGUACCUUUCCAAAAUUCAUAAGAUGACAUUUCAUAAAAUCCUUUUGCUCUCAAAGAUCAAAAGGAUUCUAACAAACAUGUAUAUUUUGUAUGAUUAUUUCAAACUUUACAGCUGGAGUCAUAGACUUUUUUUGUUUAAAUAAGAAUAAUUAUAUUAUG